CAGAAAAAAAUGUGUACUCUUUAAGUAAUAAAAUGUAUAUUUAUUCUUUAUAUUAAAAACAUUUAGAAAAGAUUAUUCUGCCAGAAAACAACAAAUUACAUACAUAAAUUAUGUUUAGAUUAAUAUUAAAUUACUUACUUUCUCUUAACAAUAGACAACGAAAUUUUAUUAUAUCUUUUUAGGAAAGCUAAAACCAAUAAGAAGUGACUUACCUAUUGCCCUUGAAACGCUUAAUACUCCAUUAACUCGUAAGAUUCCAACACUUUGCAUCACUACUCCUCCUACCCUUUGUAUUCUUUGUACUUCAUCCUAAGAAACAGAAUCAUGAUGUUUGUCGCACUUCACUAUAAACACUUUAUAAAUAUACUAUACCUACAGAAUUUCAAUUGUUUUUCAUGCAUUCAAAAUGUAACCAAAAUUCUCUGUCAAGUUCAUUGUGUAUGUAGAUGAUACAUUAUAUUAUCAAAUUAAUACUGAAAUCAUUGAUCUAAAGAAGUUUAAAGAUGACAGAAUUGGGAACGCAAAUAGACAGUGACAAAAGACUAUUGCCAUUUAAAACUUAUGAAGAUUAUUUAGAUUCACUGGUAACAUUUGUUGAUCUUGGAUAUUUAGGAAAUUUAUAUACUGCUCGUCAAUUAGCUGAGCUUGGAUAUCGUUGCACUGGAGAAACUCUUAGUAGAGAUGAAUUUAAUUGCCGCUUGAAAACUUUACAAGAUUUACUGUUUCCAAUUUAUAGACCAUAUGAAUUAACAUCAGAAUUUAUUACACCAACCAAUGCAGUAAUGCAGGAACUCGCACUUCGCGAACGUGCAAAUAGAUUAAAAAUCAUAUCCACUAUUAUUUUUAUAAGAAACUAUACAAAACUUCAAUUUGAAAUCUCUGGUUACAUCGAUUUUUGCGAAAGACUUGAAAAAGAAAACUGGCUUCCAUAUUUUCAAGGAAAGAAAAAGCUGUGGCCUCAUGCAACUGAUCUUGCAUACUACCAUUGGAGAACAAAUAAAACGUGCUUAAAUGAAACUUGCAAUUAUCAACCAGUUAUAGAUCCAAAACUAGGUCUCAGAUUUAAAAACCUUCAUGAUAGAGAUUUUGUUAAUAUUGAUCCCACAAUUCCUUCUCCAGGUUUAGAUACAACAAGAGUAAGAAUACGUUGUGCAGAGUAUGAACAUGUAAUACUAUAUGACCAUAGACUUCGAAGUAAAAGUCAUAUUUAAAUAACAAAUAUAUACCUGGGUAUAUAUGUAAUAUGAAAAUUAAAUUGAAUAAAGGAAUUCUGUAUACUUACUUCACGGUUAAGGCGAUGAGGAUUUACUAAUUGAA